AUGAGAAGAUCACCAGGAAAAUUGAUUGAGCUCCCGUGGCCGACUUCCUACCGCAAAUAUGGCACGUCAGCAGCUCGACCACCGAUAAUUCGCAUUUCCAAUGGCACUUUCUACCGACACCAUCCAAACUCUACACUUGCCCAGUCAGCUUCCAAUCUCAAUCCCAAUCCCAAUCUCCCACUCUUUGAGAAUCUUAAUUUCGAGCUCCCGUCGUUUGCAUCACCAAACCAUCAUUGGGCUAUCUUGGGCCCGUCUUCUUCUGGCAGAACAACAUUUCUACAAAUAUUAAGUGGGAAGCACUUGUGUGUCCCCCCAUCGGCGCGGUCUUUCCAGUACCUAAAUUCUGAUGAAAUCGAGCAAAAAGACCACCAAUUGAGAAUUCCGGAUCGAGCUAUAAAAAGAGUUGGUUUUGAUGGAGAACAAGGACUUGGCACACAGGCUCCAAAGGGCGCAUAUCUAAGUGCGAGGUAUGAGUCACGCAGGGAGAUGGACGAUUUUAGCGUUUUGGACUACCUUCGCGGAAAUACAGAAUUAAAUCCCUUCGAGGAUGCUAGCGAGAAGAUUGAUGUUGCUAGCUUGGAGCAAGUCAUCAGGGACCUAAGACUUGGUGAUUUGAUUGAUAUGCCGGUGUCAAAUCUCAGCAAUGGUCAGACCCGUCGGGCUAGAAUUGCGAGGGCCUUGUUAAGCAAGCCCGAAGUGUUGUUGUUGGAUGAGCCCUUUAUGGGUCUGGAUCCCCCGACAUUGCUGACGUUAAGCCCAAUGUUAAGGGGUUUGGCAGAGGCAAAUGCGCCAAGAUUAGUCUUAGCUCUCAGGCCCCAAGACCCGAUUCCUGAGUGGAUUACGCACCUGAUAUAUCUCAAGGGAAACUGUCAAAUUGCCUUUCAAGGGUCUAAACAAGCUGUUUUGCAAGAAUUGAGAGGAUAUAUUAAUGAUGUCAAGCAAGCCAAGGUGGAACCUGACAUGCGUAUGCCUAUACACUCACUACACGAAGUGGGCCAUACAUUGACCGAGCGAGGCAUUGUUAAUGGGCUUGAGUCUCCGGCCAGGCGAGCGAACAAAUCUCACCAAAAUCAGGAGCAAUCGAGUGUCCCUGACAAAACCCUUGCUGGAUUGCGAUCUCAGAAAUCCGAUUCUCAACUCACUACUAUGAGCAGGGAUGGCUACAGGUUGCAUGAUAUCGAGAGAGCGGAUAUUGGUGAACCCUUGGUUGAAAUGGAAGGUAUCAAGAUCAAAUAUGGAAACAAAAUAGUUCUAGGUAAUUGGAGGCAAGAGAUUGAAGGUGAAACUCGUGAUGGGCUUUGGUGGCAGCUGAGACGUGGGCAGAGAUGGGGAAUAUUCGGACCCAACGGUUCCGGUAAAACAACAAUUCUCUCGCUCAUUUGCUCAGACCAUCCUCAAACGUACUCCCUUCCCAUACGACUAUUUGGUCGCUCGCGACUUCCAGAACCGGGCCAACCUGGGAUAUCCAUCUUUGGUAUCCAAUCACGAAUUGGUCACUCAAGCCCAGAAAUCCAUAACCAUAUUCCACGCUCCUUGACUCUUCGUCAGGUCCUUGAGAAUGCGUGGUCUGACACGUUUAAGGGCGUUCCAAAAUUAGAUGCUUCUGCAAAUGACAGAAUAAAUGCUUGUCUACGGUGGUUCGAAGAAGACCUUCGUCCAGGCAGUCGACGCCAGGGCGACGAGGGGGAACUAGCAGCAGAAGUUGCCAAACGUCCAGCUUGGGCAGAUGAGCUUUUGUUUGGCGGUUUACCAUUUGGUUCGCAGAGAGUCGCAUUAUUCCUUCGUGCAAUCGUUAAACAACCAGAUCUUGUCAUCCUAGACGAAGCCUUCAGUGGUAUGGAUGACCAAGUACGAGAUCGCUGCCUUCUUUUCCUCGGGCAUGGCGAGGAGAAAACGUUCUCGUACGCCGCCCGGAAAUAUGAUUCCAACCCAAGUGAACCCCGCUCUCAGGGGCACAACAUAGUGGAAUCCGCUAUUUCAAAGGCUGGAUUGGCGAAAGUCGGGGGCCUGAGCAAAGAUCAGGCUCUAAUAUGCAUCAGCCAUGUUCGCGAAGAGAUACCUGGAAGUAUAAGGGAAUGGGUUUGUCUGCCCGAGGCGAAUACGGCUCAGCCUGCUAGGUUUGGCAGGCUGGAUGGACCUAUUGAGGGAGAUCAAGGGAGGUGGGAUGAAAUUUGGGGAAUGUAA